CGAAUUUCUGCCACGCCUCCAGCCUCCAAUGUCCCAGUAAAACUGUCGUUGCAUAGCAAAUAGACGACUUGCGAAGACUGGAAAUUCAUACGACGAACAGGUGACCGGGAUUCGCCGUAUUUGACGAAGUCAAAAUGGUACCUCAAGACAUGAAGCAGAUUCGAGUACUAAUACUCAACGACAAGGAGAAUUUGGAGAGGACCCUGUUUAGACUCGAUCAAGGCUUUGAGCUCCAAUUCCGUCUGGGUCCAAGUCUUCAGGGCAGGAGAGUGACAGUGCACACCAACUACCCGCUUGAAGGACAGGGCUUUGAACGCAAUACUUUUCGCGUUUUGACCUGGAAAAACCCAACCGGACGCGAGGAUGACUCUGACAAGUUUUGCUAUCUGGAUAUCAAAGUGGCUGGUUCUUUUCAGUACUACUUUGGAUUUGGAGGCACAGAAAGAUCAGGAGGAGGCUACGUUGUUGUCAAUCCAGUUCUUCGUGUGGGACCAGAGAACCACGUCCUCCCGUUGGACUGCAUCAGCAUUCAGACUUAUUUAUCCAAGUGUUUGGGUCUUUUUGAUGACUGGCCAGCCCGAUUGCAAGUUGCGAAGGAGUCAGGAUACAACAUGGUCCAUUUAACACCUUUGCAGACACUAGGAGAAUCCAGGUCUUGUUACUCCUUGGCAGACCAGCUAACCUUUAGCCCUGAGUUCAGUCCAGGUGGUAAAAACUACACCUGGAAGGAUGUUGGGGCUCUGGUGGAAAAGAUGAAGAAAGAAUGGAACAUGCUGUGCAUUACUGAUGUUGUAUACAACCAUACUGCGGCGAAUAGCAAAUGGAUCCGAGAGCAUCCGGAAUGUGGUUACAAUCUGGUCAACUCGCCCCAUCUACGGCCAGCCUGGGUUUUGGACAGAGCCAUUUGGCAUUUAACAACCAGAAUGGCAGACGGACGCUACGAGGACGUCGGCCUUCCUGCUAACGUCACCAAUGAGAACCAUCUUAAUGCAAUCCGAAGUGUGCUCUGGCAGGAUGUGUACCCUCAGAUAAAACUUUGGGAGUUUUUCCAGGUCAAAGUGGACAGCGCCGUGGAGCAGUUCAGGACGCUGCUACAAAGUGGUGUAAAAGCAGAUCGUAGUAAAACCGGAGGCCAAAAAGGCCUGAUUAUCAACCAGGACCCUGCUUGGCGACGAUAUGGCAACACCGUGGACAUGAACUCUGCCCUUGAAACGUUUGCGCCGUACAGCUAUUCCCCUCAGCACAUAGAGGAGUCUUGCCAUUUGUUGCGACAGAAACUGAACCAACUCAAUGAGGAGCAAAACCACAUUGUGCAUCAGCAUCAAGAGCAGGCCGCCAACUGUAUUGUGGGAAAUGUAUUGUAUGAGCGUCUAGCUGACCACGGACCCAAAUUAGGCCCUGUUAGCAAGAAGAACCCUCUUGUUACCAGGUAUUUCACCUUCCCAUUUCAAGACAUGACUCUAGAGCAGGAGAUGCAAAUGUUGGAUCAACCGGAGAAGACGUGUCACUUCCUGGCUCACAAUGGUUGGGUGAUGGGGGACGAUCCGCUGCGCAACUUUGCUGAGCCUGGCUCCAACGUCUAUAUUCGUCGAGAGUUGAUAUGCUGGGGCGACAGUGUCAAACUCCGCUAUGGCAAGGGACCGGAAGACUGCCCUUUCCUGUGGGCUCACAUGAAGAAAUACACUGAAAUAACAGCCAAAUAUUUUCACGGAGUCCGACUGGAUAACUGCCACUCGACACCGUUACAUGUAGCAGAGGCUAUGCUUGAUGCAGCCAGACUGGUCAGACCCAAUUUGUAUUUGAUAGCUGAACUGUUUACAGGCAGCGAGCUGAUUGAUAAUGUAUUUGUGAAUCGGCUGGGAAUUAGCAGCCUCAUCCGAGAGGCCUUGUCAGCCGGCGACAGCCACGAAGAAGGCAGGCUGGUCUAUCGUUACGGCGGCGAACCAGUUGGCGCCUUUGUUCAGCCGAGUCUCCGCCCGCUGGUGCCCUGCAUCGCUCACGCCAUGUUCCUUGACGUCACUCAUGACAACGAAUGCCCCAUACAGCUGCGUUCAGCGCUCGACUCUCUUCCGAGCUCCGCUCUGGUUUCCAUGGCCUGUUGUGCUACCGGAUCCACCCGAGGAUACGAUGAAUUAGUCCCGCAUCAGAUUUCUGUUGUCAAAGAGGAACGUUUUUACCCAAAGUGGAACGCUUCAGCCUCCCUGACCUCCACCAUGGAAGUCGGGCCCCAGACUGGCAUUAUUGCUGGGAAACUGGCACUCAAUAAGUUGCAUCAAGAACUGGCUGCUCAAGGGUUCAUACAGGUCUACGUAGACCAGGUUGACGCAGAUAUUGUAGCUAUAACUCGCCACUGCCCCAGCACCCAUCAGUCAGUGGUGGCAGUAUGUCGAACUGCCUUCAAAAACCCCAAAACGCACCAGUAUAGCACCGAUGUACCACCAAUGUUUAUACCCGGGAAAAUUGAGGAGGUGGUGUUGGAAGCGAGGACGGUGGAAAGACAGUCGGAGAGUUUUAAAAAGGAUGACGACUACAUUAACGGGCUGCCUGAAUACACAGUCGAGAUAAAAGAGCAUAUUCCAUUACAGGAGAGCUCAGUGGUGAACCAAGCUGGCGUGACAUCUAAAGGUCGAUCAGAGUUUGUGCAGGAAAUCAGCUUCAAGAAACUGACACCGGGAAGCGUCAUUGCAUUCAGGGUUAGUUUGGACCCCAAAGCGCAGAAGUUGGUCGGCGCAAUCCGUUAUUUCCUGUCCCAGUUUAGCCUAAAAUACCGUAAAGGCAGUCGAGCUGAUGAAAACCCACCAGAGGCCCUGAAGAUGCCUUUGGCACAGCUGAUGUCCAAGCUAACGCUAGCAGACUUUAACAUCCUGCUGUUUCGCUGCGAUGCAGAAGAACAAGAAGAUGGCGGAGGCUGUUACAAUAUUCCAGGAUGGGGAAGCUUCAAAUAUGCAGGCCUUCAAGGACUGAUGUCAGUUUUGGCUGAUAUUCGUGCCAACAAUGACCUGGGCCAUCCAGUGUGCGGGAAUCUCAGACAAGGAGACUGGCUAAUGGACUAUAUAUCCAAUAGACUCAUACAUCGAGAAGGGCCUCUGGCACAGGUUGGAAAAUGGCUAGAGGCCAUGUUUAUUUACCUGAAGCACAUCCCACGCUAUCUCAUCCCCGCAUAUUUUGAUGCCAUCCUUGUAUCAACGUUCACCACAGCUUUGGAUGCAACUUUUAAACUCAUGUCAAGUUUCAUCCAGAGCGGCUCAAGUUUUGCGCGCCACCUGGCGUUGGCUUCACUUCAGAUGUGCGGCGUCGGACGCUUCCCCGCUCUUCCACCUCUUUCCUUGAAAAUCGACAAUGUCCCGUAUCGCAUCAGUCCCAUAACCGGCCUAAAGGAGCAGUGUUGUGCCACAGUGGCUGCAGGUCUUCCUCAUUUCUCGACUGGGAUUUUCCGUUGCUGGGGCAGAGACACUUUCAUCGCGCUUAGAGGACUGAUGCUGCUCACGGGGAGACACGUGGAAGCCCGGAACAUCAUUUUGUCUUUCGCCGGGACUUUGCGUCACGGUUUGAUCCCGAAUCUGCUCGGAGAAGGUCGUUUCGCCAGAUAUAAUUGCCGUGAUGCUGUGUGGUGGUGGCUGCAGUGCCUCCAGGAUUACGUCUGCCAUGUUCCCCAAGGGCACAGUAUCCUCCAGUCUCCUGUCACCCGGAUGUACCCCACCGAUGACAGCGAGCCCUGUUUACCAGGAGAAGUGGAGCAGCCUCUGUGUGACGUCAUCCAAGAGAUUCUUCAGCGUCACCUGGAGGGAAUUUCCUACAGAGAGCGAAAUGCAGGACCCAAGAUAGACAUGAACAUGAGAGAUGAAGGGUUCAAUGUGGAGAUUCACGUGGAUCCCGAAACGGGUUUUGUCCACGGAGGAAACCGUUUCAACUGCGGAACUUGGAUGGAUAAAAUGGGAGAGAGUGAGAGAGCGAGAAACAAAGGCAUACCAGCUACUCCCAGAGACGGAGCAGCUGUGGAAAUCAUUGGUUUGAGUAAGUCGGCCAUCCGCUGGGUUGUGGAGCUACACGGCAAAGGCCUCUUCCCUUACGAUGGAGCCAAAGUCCACAGAAAUGGGAAAGAGGUGUUUAUCCAAUACAGCAAAUGGAAUGAGCAGAUCCAGCAGUCAUUUGAUCCAUCUUUCUGGGUGUCCGGAGAGCCAAUGGACCCCAAUGAGAAGCAUCCUGACCUGGUGCACAAAAAAGGGAUCUAUAAGGACAGUUUUGGAGCAUCUAGUCCCUGGUGUGACUACCAACUGAGACCAAACUUUACCAUUGCUAUGGUUGUGGCUCCAGAACUUUUUGAAGUGGAAAAAGCCUGGAAAGCGCUUGAAAUGGCUGAGGAGAAAUUACUGGGACCCCUCGGAAUGAAAACACUUGACCCUGAUGAUAUGGUCUACUGCGGUGUGUAUGACAACGCACUUGACAAUGACAACUAUAAUGUGGCUAAGGGCUUCAACUACCAUCAAGGGCCAGAGUGGCUUUGGCCUGUUGGCUACUUCCUGCGUGCUAAACUGUACUUUGCCAGAAAGCAAGGCGAGGAAACCUACGCCAGGACGGCGACCCUGGUCAAAAAUGUUCUUUCACGACACUAUACCAAUCUGGAGAGGUCUCCCUGGAAAGGUCUGCCGGAGCUAACCAAUGAGAACGGCCAGUACUGUUCGUUCAGCUGCGAGACUCAAGCGUGGUCUUUGGCUUGCCUGUUGGAAGUACUUUAUGACUUCUAGUCCUGGAGUUGACCUGGGCAACCUUAAUUUCAGUGGUUUAACAUUGUAUUGCAUGUUAACACAUUCACUGCCAUCGACAGGCCGAGAUGUCCGAUGCAUUUGUUCUGGGAUAUCUGGCAAUCAAUAACGAGCCAAGUGUUUCGGAUUGAUUAACCUCUUGGUGUCUGAGUUUCAUUUUUCAAAUA